CUGCAUAUUGCCUGCCUCAUUCGACUGUUGAACUCCAAUCCGGCUGCACAUUACGUAGCCCACACGACACAGUCGAAAUCCCACAAUGGCCCCUCCUCCGCCCUCCAACCUUCCUCUGGGCCAGCGCCUAGCUGCCCUCGCGCAGACCCUGCAGUUCGCCUGGUUCGCCGGCCACGUUACGCUGCUGCUGGCUUCGCUGAGAUACGGACUGUCCUACAUCACCUUCAACUAUAACUCGAAAUGGGCUGCCUUCUCGUACCGCACAGCCUUUGUGUCUGCCUGUGUCACAUAUGGCAUUGUUGUCUACAAGGCAUACCGCGCCCGCAUGAGGGCCGGUAAGCAGGGCGGCGUUAUGGCUCUUGCCACUGAUGAGAACGUCCAGUACCUGAUCAUGGCGCUCGUCUGGCUCUUCAUGCGCCAAAUCCCUCUGGCUGUAUUGCCCUUCACAGUCUAUUCCAUCUUCCACGUUGCAACCUACUUUGUCAAGGAGUACUACGAUGCCAGCAUGACACUGGUCGCUCUCCUCGAGAUCACUCUUUGGUUCCGCGUUGUUGGCUCCGCUCUCCUCUUCCAGAAGGGCUCGUGGAUCCUCCUCGCCGUCUACACUAUCUUCUUCCGCGCCCGCUACGCUCAGAGCAGCUUCGUCCAGGACGCCAUAAACAAGGUCACCGCCCGCAUUGAUGCUCAGCUCGCCAACCAGAGCACUCCCCCCGCUGCUCGUCAAGGCUGGGGAACCUUCAAGAACGUCGUCCGCCAGGCUGCUGAUGCGACCGACAUCCGCAAGUACGUCGGCAACCAGCCCGGUGCUGCCCCAAAGAAGGCCCAGUAAGCGCUUCGAAGAGCGUGCGACAACGGCCUGCCUCCGACUCGCGGUGCUAUGCACUCUUUGGAGGUACGAGGUAUGACAAGUUAUGACGUAUGAUGCUAUACGGUCGCGACAAAAUAGAGAGAUUGAGUCUUGGAAAUGGACAAGGGACGAGCCUAUUCAUGGACAUGUUGAAAAUGGAGUGGUAGUCUGUUCUGCAA